CAACAAACUAAUUUUCAUCGAACACAAAGGUACAUUACAUCAAUGACUUUGUUAAAUAACGUCAUAUAUUAUGGGCUUCACCUUCAUCUUCACAUUCUCAUUCUUUUCUUUUUUGCAAUUUUGAGCUUGGUAUGGUUUUGGUUGACCACCAAAAGAUCAUCGACAGUACCACCCCUGCCGCCAGGCCCUCGUGGGUGGCCAAUAGUUGGAUACCUUCCUUUUCUAAGUCCAAACCUUCACAUAGAUUUGUCAGAGUUGGCUAAGGUUUAUGGUCCCAUUUUCAGGUUAUGGAUGGGAACCAAACUAUAUGUGGUGAUCACUUCCCCACAACUCGUUGGCGAAGUGGUCAGUCAACAAGACAAAGUGUUCGCCAACCGUGAUGUUAGUAUAAGUGCCUUUAUCUACACACAUGGCGGUAACAAUGUUGCCUUUGCACCUUAUGGUCCAAAAUGGAAAAACUAUAGAAAAAUCAUGGUCCAGGAGAUGUCAAGUACAACCGUGCUCAGUAAUUUGUACUGUUUCAGAAAAGAAGAAGUGAGAAAAUCAGUGAGAUGGCUUUUCAAAAACGUUAAUACCCCAAUCGAUAUAGGAAGGUUGGCGUAUCAAAUUUCUAUGAACAAUGUCAUGCGCAUGACAAUUGGUGCCACAUUAGAAGGAGAUGAUGUUGUUAGUCGUGACAUUGAUCAAUUUAAAAAGAUGACAGAGGAUCUCAUGAUGCUAGUAGCGAAACUUAGGCGUUUGGUGGGGAGGAAUGAAAAUAUAGGAAUAGGAAUGGGAAUGGGAAUGAGAAUAGGAAUGGAAUGGAAUAAAAUUGCAACCAAACAAAGGAAUGGAAUGAAAAUUAUUUCAUUUCCAUUCCAUUCCAUUUCAUUACCUCCAACCAAACGCCACCUUAAUGUCUCUGAUAUUUUUCCAGCUCUAAAGUGGUUUGAUUUACAAGGAAUUGAGAGAGAUACAAGGAAGAUUCAUCGAGCGUUCGAAGUGAUGAUUGAAAACGCCAUGGCUAAAAGGAAGAAAGUUAUGAGUAAUCCUUUAGCUGUUAAGUCUUCCAGGAAAGACUUUCUCCAAUUCCUUAUGGAGCUUUGUGAGAAUCAAAAUACAGAGGAGGCUCCUAUUACCACAUCCGAAAUCAAAGGCUUGCUUAUGGAUCUGUUCGUUGGAGGAACAGACACUACAAUAUCCACAGUGGAAUGGGCAAUGGCAGAGAUGUUGAAGAAUCCAAGUGUUUUAAUUAAAGUUCAAGAGGAACUCAAACAAAUUGUGGGGUUAAACAACAACGUAGAAGAAUCUCAUUUGACUAAGCUCACUUACUUGAAUAAUGUCUUUAAGGAGACUUUACGUUUGCACCCACCAGCUCCUUUUCUAUUACCUCGUUCUCCAACCCAAUCUACCAUUGUUGGAGGCUAUACCAUACCUAAAGGAAGUACCAUUUUUCUAAAUGUUUGGUCUAUACAUAGAGAUCCUAGCAUUUGGGAAAAUCCUUUGGAAUUUAAACCUGAGAGGUUCGAUGAAAGUGGAGCAUCAGGCAAUAAUUAUAACUUUUUAGGUAACAAUUUAAAUUAUUUUCCAUUUGGAUCAGGAAGAAGAAUAUGUGCUGGAAUUUCCCUAGUAGAGAGGAUGGUGAUGCUUAUACUGGCUUCAUUCUUGCACUAUUUUGAUUGGAAAUUACCUAGUGGAACCAAGAUUGAAUUAUCAGACAAGUUUGGACUUGUUGUUAACAAAAAAAAUCCUUUAAAAGCUAUUCCCACACCUAGGCUAUCUAAUGUUGAUCUAUAUACUACUAUGCUUUAAGAUUGAAUCAUCCAAACUUUGAUCAUCUAUAUACUACUAUGCCUUAAUAUUAUUUGUAAAUCUAUAACUACUAUUACUACUCUCAUAUAUCUCAUACUUAUAAGAUGGCAUGAGUACGUAUACUAAUUAUAUUUGAAGCCAUC